CCAAACGAUCCUAAAUUUUUUCCCCUUCAUCUCAGAUCCUUCUCCUCUAUGUGUUUAUCUUCUUCUUUGCUCUCUAUAUCCACCCGAUGUCAGCAAUCUCAAGCUUUCGUCCCUGCCUCUCUGUUCCCUCUGUUUUUUCUCUUUCUAAACCCUAAACCCGUUGGAUAUCUCUAUCCUCGAUCCAUCUGAGAAACCCGAAACCCUUGAAAUCGACUCGUUCAAAUCGUCUUUCUGAUGGAGAAGAUGAAGCCUUAGCACAAACAAACCUAAGACGAAACAGAUGAAGCCGAAACCCCUAAACCACACACAAACCCUAAGGCGAAGCAAGCAGAUGAAGAAGAUGAACAAGAUGAAAGCUUGAGAUUGCUGAAAUCCAUCACGCAUCUUGAAAUCCAGUUUGUGUACUUGAGUUGCCUGUGGUGGGUUUUCCAUGGAAACAGUGGUUGGAGUGGAAGGAAAUGAUGAAGCUAAGUUUGAUGAUGUGCCAGUUGUUAAAACUAGCUCACCGCUAUCCUCACCAAGGGAGAUUGCUGAUCCUGUUGUAUACAAGCUCGUUCGGGUUGACAGGGAUGGAAGGUUAGUGCCUGCAACGGAUGAUGAAGUUAUGGAGGUUGAGGACUUGCUUGAAGACGACAAAAGUGAAAGGCUUCCUGUUGCAGGUGCUGGGCAGAAUGUUGGAUACACUUCCAAUGAUGGAUGUCCUCCUAUCAAAACUCAGUUCAAUGGUUCAGAAGGUCAAUCUGAGAACCCUGAAGUUAAUGCAGAAAGGUCAAAUGCUCAGCUUGACACAGGAGUUGGUAUGGGGAAAUUAGACGAUGAACAUGAGGUGGUUUUUGGCCUUUCUUUCCUACAGCAUGAAACUAUUCCUUCGUUGGAAACAAAUUCAAAUGAGAGUCAUAUUGAUCAGCUUGGAAGUGGUGGAGAAUGCUCAAGCCCUUUAGAUGGACCAAUCAAAAGUGGAUCAUCAAUUUCUGCUAUCUGUACUAGUUCAAAGCCUGAUUUCUCAAAGUUAAAGGGUGAAAUAUGCUUGGACAACCUAUCAGUUAGGGAACUUCAUGAAACCUUUAAAGCAACAUUUGGACGGGAAACUUCUGUCAAGGACAAACAGUGGCUGAGGAGGAGGAUUGCCAUGGGAUUGGCCAACUCUUGUGAUGUUUCAACUACAACUUUUGUGAUUAAAGAUAACAAAGUGGUGAAGAAAGGUAAAGAAGAAAGCUUUAAGAGUGUGGAUCAUACCCCUGCUAAGGUUCUGGCAGUUGGAGUGAAUGAAAACUGUGGAGGUUCACCAAUUGGAUGCAAUAACCAAAUAGAAAAUCCUCAAAGUGUUUGUGGCAAGAUAUUGACAGAUCCUAGUUUAGAAUAUGAUUGUAGUGUUGAAGAUUUGAACACUGAACAGAGAGCAGCAAAAAGAGUUCGGAAGCCGACAAAGCGAUAUAUUGAAGAACUGUCAGAAGUAGAAUCUAGAGACUAUAGUGGGAAGUUAAUCUCUUCAGUUAAAAGUUCUGGACAAAGCCUUUCAUCUCCAAUAUCUCGUGUCAGGCCUGUUCGGGAUUCGCAGUCAGAUGGGAGACCCGUUGUCACCAGGCAAGAUUCUCUGGGAGGUUCGGGUGUUCAGGUUCCAUAUGUUUGCCGGGUACGGAGAAGCCGUCCAAGGGAAAACUUUAUGGCUCUUAUGAAACUUCAACCCAGUAGCAUGGGCAUGGCAGCCAACCUGGUUAAGAAGGCCCUCGGUGUCUCUGGUGCUCAACCAGAUAAUGAAGUAGGGAACAAAGUCUUCAAGGCCAGGUCAGCCUCUGGAUGGAUUCAAAAGCCUCUUGUUGCUGAACCAGAGAAAGAUAAGCAUUAUCAAGAAAUAAAAGCUUCUGAGUUGGACAAAGACAUUGAACUGAAACAUUUGGAUUCAUCUGGGGAUUAUUCAGAUGAUUUAGUAACCGUGCCCACAGCAAAAGGUGGAAUGAGAAGAAAGCAUCAUCGACCCUGGACUCUCUCUGAAGUCGUUAAACUAGUUGAGGGUGUGGCAAGGUAUGGAGCUGGUAGGUGGUCUGAGAUAAAAAGGCUUUCAUUUGCGUCCUAUUCAUACCGAACUUCAGUUGAUCUCAAGGACAAGUGGAGGAAUCUGCUGAUGCAGGGUUCACGUAAACAUGCUUCGGUUCCAAUUCCUGCUCCAAUUCUGUUACGAGUGAGAGAACUUGCUGAAAUGCAAGCACAAGUUCCACCGAAUCUGAGCUCAAGCAAGUUUGCUGUGUGUAGUGAUAGAAAUGUAAAUGAAACAAGAUUAGGAUAUUUGUAGUAUUGUAAAUGCUACAUCGAAGUUUCUCAAGUAGAAAUAAGGACUCUAGAUCUGUGUACUGUUAUUUAUUUCCUAAUUGUUGGUUUACUAAUCCUCUUGUUUAUGGUAAAAGAUUGUCACCUAAAACAAAAUGAGCAUUUCUCUCCAGAAACAAGUUUGUACAUUUCUCUCUGAACAAACCGGUAUUUGGUUUUCGGCCCUGCUCACCUUUGCAGUCCUUUUAUAAUUAAAUUAGAGCUGGA